CACUAUAUAAACAACUGAAACAGAAAAAUCUGGAGCGAAAAUCUGUAAAGAUCCCAACAGACAAAAAGACUGAAGUAAGAAAUCCGCUCAAGGACCUUUUUCAAGGAUUAAGAUUACUCCAAGGUCAAAGAGAGGCUCAACCACUGCAAUUUUUGAUUUGGUUAUCAGGAUAAAACAAGACAAACAAAUAAUAAGACAGGAAUCUAUUUAGUGCGUUUAAACUUUAAGAAAUGCUGCACAGGGUAAAUUUGGCUUCAUGCUUGGUGCUCUGGAUCACUUCCUGCGCCAUCACCUUGGCUGUGGAUCCCAACGAUUACAUGGCCAGAGCUUUGCAGUUAAUGUCAGAGACGCCACUCAUUGAUGGUCACAAUGAUUUGCCUUGGCAGCUUCGGUCACAAUUCAACAAUCAGCUGAACAAAGUGGAUCUUAACAAACUAGCAAACACUCACACCAACAUCCCAAAGAUCAAGGAUGGACGACUGGGUGCUCAGUUCUGGGCAGCAUACGUCCCCUGUGACACUCAGUACAAAGACGCCGUCAGACAAACUCUGGAGCAGAUAGACGUGAUUCACAGGAUGUGUCAGAAAUACCCCGAAAUCUUCAUGUUUGCCACCAGUAGCCAAGACAUCUUGGAUGCCUUUAAAAUGAAUAAGACCGCCAGUCUGAUUGGGGUUGAGGGUGGUCACUCACUCGAUAGCAGUCUGGGGACCCUGCGCACCAUGUACCAGCUGGGGGUGCGCUACCUCACACUUACGCACUCCUGCAACACACCUUGGGUAGAUAACUGGCUCGUGGACACUGGGUCAGAGCCAUCGGAGCAUAAAGGCCUCUCUUCUUUUGGCAAGCAAGUAAUUGCGGAAAUGAACCGCCUCGGGAUGCUGAUCGACCUGGCUCAUGUUAGUGAGGAGGUGAUGAACCAGGUGCUGACCCUGUCUAAAGCUCCGGUCAUCUUCAGCCACUCCUCCGCAUACGCCGUCUGUCCACACAAGAGGAACGUCCCCGAUGACGUCCUGAGACGAGUGAAUGAAACUAAAGGAAUUGUGAUGGUCAACUUCUACAAUGACUAUGUGACUUGCAGCAAUACCGCUAGUUUGUCUGAUGUCGCAGAUCAUUUCGACCAUAUAAAGAAAGUGGCCGGGGCAGACAUCAUUGGCUUUGGUGGAGAUUAUGACGGUGUUCCCAGAGUACCUGAGGGUUUGGAGGAUGUGUCCAAGGUCCCCAAUUUGGUGGCUGAACUGCUGAGGAGAGGAUGGACUGAUGAGGAAGUCAAAGCUGCUCUUGGAAAUAACCUGCUCCGUGUCAUGAGCGAGGUUGAGAAGGUCCGCGACAGCAUGAGCGGCGUGAUCCCGGAUGAUGUUCCCAUUCCAUACGAAGAUGUGCAGAACCCGUGCAGAACAAGCUUCGGAUACCCCAGCACCACCGGAUCCAACGGAUCAGCACAUUUGCUCAGUACACUGGCGCUUCUGAUUACACUGGCUCUCCAGGCUUGGAUUACAUUAACUGGUUAAUGGGUAGCUGUAGAACCUACUGUAUGUAAGUCAUGAGUUA